AUGAAUAAAGUAAAUCAGAGUCCAUGCAGAACAUCCCAAGAAGUUUCAGAACUUUCGAAAGCCUCUGCUAAUCAAAAGUUGUUAACAUAAAAAAUAAAUGAUUUAGAAAAUACUAUAAGACACCUUGAAUAAACAAAUUAAAAAUUAACUGAUCAACUUAAUGAUUAAAAUGCAGAAAUGAAGUAGGAAAAAUAAAAAUCAAAAAAUUAACAGAAUACCUUUACUUAAAUUCAAAAUUAAAAGGACUAAUAAAUUGAAAAAUUGAUUUAUGAAAACCAGAAAUUGGUCAAAGGAAUCUAAAAAAUAGAAAUUGAUUUACAUAAAUUAGAUAAAAUCAAAGAAGAUAAUAUCACUUUAAAACAAUAGGUUCAAGAACAAUUAGAUGAAAUAGAAGAAUUGAAAUAAAAAAUACCAAAAAAUGAAACCAAAUGGUCAUCUGACGCAGCAUUGGGAGUUUUAGCUGCUAAAAGAAGCUAAGAAAUUUUAGUCUUAAAAAAUGAAAAUCUAGAAAUUAAACAAAAGAAUUAAGAAUUAAUGGCUAAAUUAAAUACAUUGUUAACAGAAAAUUAAUAAUUGCAAUCUAUUAUUAAAUCUGAUGAUCCAUCAUAAAGACUUAAUUCUCAAGCUAGCUCUAACAAAUAAUACAAUUCUUCAAGUAAAAAGCAAGAUUAAACUAAUUAAAUUUUAAAUGAAUAGAUUAAUCAAUUAUCAUUAGAAUUGAAGGAAGCAAAAAAUACGAUAGAGAAAUUAAAAAAAUUAAAUGUUUCUAAAACUCAAAAUAGUAAUACUCCUAAUAACAAACCAAAUUAUAGUAUUAAUAAGAGUAAUUCAAAUGAUAAAAUUUAAAAGGCUCAAUCUUUCAACAAUUCUGAUAACGAUAAAGAUAAGAGAUUUAGAGAUCUUGAGGAUUAAGUCAAAAAACUUGAAUUUGACAAAUAAAGCAUUGCUUAAAGUAUUAGGUUAGAAUGUGCUUAAGAUAUAAAAUAAUUACAAGAUAAAUUAAGAGAAGAAUAUGAAGCUAAGGCUCAAUUAGAAAGAGAAUAAGAAAAGCAUUCAAUUGAAGAAACUAAAAAGCAAAGUCAAGAGAAUCAGAAAUUACAAAUAGCACUUUCUAGGUAGAAAAAGGAAGUCUAAAAUAUGGAAAAAAAAUUAACAGAAUUAUUAAUUUCAUAAGAAGAUAUACAAUAGAGUCUAUAAAAAGAGAAGUAGUUUUAGGAUUACUUAAAAUAAGAAAAAACUAAACUUUAGGAUCAAUUAAAAGAAAAAUAAAAGGAAAUCAAUGAAUAUAAAGAAGAUAUCUUAAAAUUAGCCAAGGAAAGAUAACUUUUAAAGGAUUAAUUGGAUAAAUUCAAAAGUGAAUCUAAAAUAAAUUAAAGUUAAAUUAGUAAUAAGCCAGGUAGCCAAAUAAGUGAGAUAAGUAAAAAAUAAAAAUGA